AUGACCCAAUCGGAGGCACACUGGCAGGCAUCGGCUCCGGGGGAGUGCCAGCAACAGCUGGAGGCCUUUAUGAGGGACCUGAUCCGCGACGUCUUCCCUUCCGCCCUCAGACCAACGCCAUCGCAACCACAACUUGCCAGCACAAUGGCAGUUGAACGAACGAUCGCGCGCUUGGAGAGCCUCGAAAGAGGCGAAGGCAGUAACAAGUCGCGCCUCGCCAGCGCUGAAUUUCGUGGCUCCUCCGCCGUCAGAAGACGAGGGGGGAGAACCCGCAUCGUCGCUCGUCCUUGCUACGGGCCUGGACGGUGUGAGAAUGCUCUUUGUGGGCAUUCUCAUAUCGUUCCUGAGUAAGUCGCACCCCUUCUCCUUCCCUUUCCCUCUUCCAAUGGAGUGUUGUUAGCUUGCGAAAGCUCUGGGGUCUCGAGGGAGACGAUCAUCUUGGAGACUCGCCUCGUGUGGGCUCGAAGAUGAGGUCUACACAGACGACGAUGAGUGGUGACUCGAGAUCUGAGCAAGAUCGAGGUUGGAGCAAGGCUUCUGAGAUCCAAAGCUGUCUUUCCACACUCGUCGCGACCAUGAGAUGUCAGAUCGAAGCAAAGUACACAAGCUAACGUGAACCAGAGUGGCCCUAGCACCACCAGAGACUGCGGAGAUAAAGAUGGAGGGGAAGGUUGUUGCGGUCGUUCGCGACCGUUGUCUAAAGGAGGGAUACAAUGUAUCCGAGACGUUUGCGAGGCAGUGGUGUCUUGCAAACGAUCUUAAGAUCCUGGGGGCUGUGGCCGGGAUCCAAGAGAAUAUUGACAGCCGUAAGUUUUGCAAUCCCAUCAUCUCUCUCAUCACUGCCCCGAGGAAUAAGCAUAUAACACUGACUUGGCAUCUAGGUGAGCGCCGGUACCAGGCAUGCGGACGCACCAACUGGGUGCAUGUCAAUGUUCUUGCGGACAACCGACCACAGAACAUGUUUGGGGAGGACGAGUACCGCGAUGAGAGGAUCCGGUAUCUCGAGGAUGACGACAUUGGCCUUCAAGGCAUCUUGAAGGGCAAUUGGAACUCUGCCUAGUAAGUACUCUUCUCUCGCUCUCAUCCCUGACUUCAAGAGAGAGGCAUGUGCUGACAUACUUGCAGCGGCAGAGAGAUCAAGGAACGGUUUGCUGGCGACAAGGUCGCACAAAAGAAACAGUACAAGCUGUACAGGGCCGAGGCCAAGUAUCGAAAGGACCGAGGGGAGUACCACCAGGAUCUCCAUUCCAAGGCGUACGCCGCGGAGGAGAUCCAGCGACUCUUGGAAGACUUCGAUACCGAGCACGAGCCCAAGUACGAUCUCGACAAGUUCCCAGAGGAGGAAGAUGACAUGCGUACCUCGUAUCUUCCCUCUGAGGCGCCAGCAGCCGUUGCCGAACCAGCAGUCGUCGCCGCCCCAAAUCCCGAGCCUCCAAGGAAGAUGGGUCACUGGACCAAAUUAUACCUCGAAGCGAAGGCAGAUUUCGAAGCCUUUCAGGCAAGAAAAGCUGAAGAGGAUGCCAAGGACCUCGAGUCCUCGGAUGAGGACGAGGAGUUUGACGGCUCGGAGCACAGUGAAGACGACGGCUCACUCGAAGCCCAGGCAAGCGACGAGGAACGACAGCCGCCAUCCAAUCUUCCCGAGGAUGACCCUGUCGGAGAAGACGUUUGUGACGAGGAGGAGGAACUGCCAACCAACGAACCAGUACCAGACUCCCCCACAAACAACAUGGCCGCGUUCCCUCCUGCACCAGAGCUCACAAUGGUAUGUCCUCAACCAAUCCCUUAUCAUGAUUCUCAUUUUCAGAACUGACAAUCUCCUAGGAAGCUUUGGAAGCGAUGACGAACGAAGAGCAAGUUCUCCAAUUUCUCCUCCGCCCAAAUGGACGUGGCAUCAUCUACCAAAAGAUCGAUAACUUGAAGUGCACUCUCGUAGACCGUAUCAACGCCUUGGACUACUAUCUCAAGAAGUAUGCCGACGACCUCGACGAAGAGUCUAAACGCGCACUGGAACUCCAGAUGCUGCAUUACCGAUCUCAACAGGAACGAAUCGAGCGCAAAGACUACAGAGUCGUCGAGGAGCGUAUUUUGACCGGUCAAAAGAUCGUUCGCUUCGAUAACCACGGAGAUGAGGAGGCGAAAGGAAGAUUGGCGCGCAAGAAAGAGGCCGCUGCCGCUUAUCGUGUUACUCCCGACAAGCCAACCAACGCGUCUUCUGCCAAACCCUCCGACGCGACUUCUGCCAAGCCUUCUGGCGAAUCUUCUGGCAACUCUUCUGGCAACUCUUCAAAUCAACCAGGAGGUUUCAUGAACCUGGGAUUCGAAAAGAGAGAGCUUACAGAGGCCAUGGAAAAGGUUGUGUUGACGAAGGACUUGACUCCUGAAGAACGCACUAGACGACUCGCUGGUGUCACUGACGAACUCACAACCGAAGGGCCCAUCAUGAAGAAUCAUGAUCGCAGCGAAGAGGAGAAAGCUCACUAUCUUGCACGUUUCCAGGAGUUCGAUGCCAAUCGCCAAAAAUACAAGGGUUUCUCCAAAUCCAUGAAACCAAAGGCUGAGAAGGCUGAGAAGGCUGACCAAACCGACAAGCAAGAUGAUGACAACAAGCAAGAUGAUACCAACAAGCAAGAUGAUGCCGCCGAGGUCGAAGAGCAAGAUGAAAAGCCGGUGAUGUCUGAAAAGGCACGCGGCAAGCAACCAAUUCGUCCUUGGGAGCAAAAUACCACCAAGACCCCUCCUGUUACCAAGAAGCCCGUCAAGUCCAAGAAGCACUCCGAGAGUCUUUUCAAGAAAUUGUCCAAGAAUACAAUUGAGAGCAAGCUCGAAAGCAUGAAACUUGACAACAAUGACCCAAUUGCCAAUCUUGCAAAGCUCCGUCGUGCAAGCGCUGCCCUCAUAUCUGACAUCGCGACCCCCGAAACCCCCAGUCACGAUGAGGGUGAUACUACUUUCGACGCUACCCACGAUCCAGAUGCGGAGGAGGCAAACGUCGACGCGUUCUUCGCCGAUGACACAACUGACAUGGAUGAGUUGCAAACCACUCCUGGCGGAACCACAAAUACCGAACGAGCUGCCACUACCAAUACCACACAGUUCUCUGGAGCUACGAUUCCUGAAUCAGAACCCGCUCGACAGCCUCCAACUGCACAAGAACUGGCGUUCCAUGAGAUUGAAGUGGAAGUGAACCUUAUCACCAACCGUAUCCCUGUUCAAGAGUAAGUCCCCCUUUUCGCGCCUAAACAAACAGACAACUAACAAUCCAUAGACGUGAAUUUUUCCGGCGUGUUAUGAGAUUCCAUCAACUCACGGGCUAUAGACUCUACCGCGGUAAGUUCUUUGAGCACGAUGUCGCCAUGGUCAUUCAUCACCUCGAACGCAGCCUCGGAUACACACCCCCUGAAGGCAUCGACAUCGGAGUCAUCUGCAAGCUUCUCGGACUCUGCAAUAACGACCCCAUUCGCGCUUACAGUUUCCUGAAGAUAUUGUAUGAGGAUAUCACCGUAUAUUUCGAGGAGAUCGGCGUCCGAAACGCGACCUGGUCGAUGUACGAGGCCACAAUCUUGCGAUGGGAGUUGUACUACUGGCACUGUCUUCUGACCAUUGAGGCGAUUAUGACGCGGCAUAACAUUGUAAUCGCUCAAGACUGA